AUGCCUUGGCAGUACAUUUUGAUAAAAUUUGUUGCGAGUAAUCGUGCUUUUCAGACAUCAAUUCCUGGGAAGACAUACAGAAAAACAGUCUGGAGGGUCGUCUUCAUGCAACAGGCAGCAGUGGAGGUGAUGCUACAUUACAUAUGCUUCGAGUCAUGGAUCAUGUCAGUCCAGUUUCUGAGUAUGCCAUGGGCCUUACCCGGAGCCCAUACAGUCUUCCUGUCAGCUUCUGAGCAGGCCAUGGGCCUUUCCCACAUCUCAUACCAUCCUCAUUCCAUUGCCUUCCUAUGGUCCUAUGGGUAUUCUAGUAAUUUGACACCAUCUUGA